UUUUAACGAACAUUUUGUUGGUAAGAACGAAGAAGACGUGGAGAAGUAGAAGAAUGAUGAUGCAGAAAUUGAGAAGAUCGGGGGAGUUCAUAAGAUUUGGAUGCAAAUCUCUAAUUAGUAGCCGACCAAACAAGGACUCAGUGUCACGUUCUGUGUCAGGCUUUGUGAAUCACUACAAAUCAAAAGGCAAGCUUUUUGAGCUAAGUGAUGGGAACUAUAAGACAGAGCUUCAUCAUCCAUGUAUUAGUAGAAAUGUGGGGAUGCUUCUUCAGCAGUAUAAGUGUUUUGGAUCAUCAGCAGCUUCUUUAAUUCAGAGAAACCCUUUGUUUUCGUCGUUGGAUUCGAAAGAUGUUAGCUACUUUAAGGAGAUAUUAGGUGAAAAAAACGUGGUUGAAGAUAAAGAAAGGCUUGAGACUGCUAAUACAGAUUGGAUGCAUAAGUACAAAGGAUCUAGUAAGCUGAUGCUCUUGCCCAAGAAUACACAAGAGGUGUCUCAGAUACUUGAGUACUGUGAUUCGAGGCGUUUAGCAGUUGUUCCUCAAGGAGGAAACACUGGUCUUGUUGGUGGAAGUGUGCCUGUCUUUGAUGAGGUGAUCGUCAAUGUUGGUCUGAUGAACAAAAUCUUAUCUUUUGAUGAGGUUAGUGGCGUCUUGGUGUGUGAAGCAGGAUGCAUAUUAGAAAAUCUGGCAACUUUCCUUGACACAAAAGGUUUUAUUAUGCCUCUAGACUUAGGUGCAAAAGGAAGCUGUCAUAUCGGUGGAAAUGUUUCAACUAAUGCUGGUGGUUUGCGUCUAAUCCGUUAUGGCUCACUUCAUGGAACUGUAUUGGGUCUAGAAGCUGUCACAGCAAAUGGCAACGUGCUUGACAUGCUUGGAACUUUACGCAAAGACAAUACUGGGUACGACUUAAAACAUUUGUUUAUUGGUAGUGAAGGAUCACUUGGUAUUGUAACUAAAGUUUCUAUUCUCACACAACCAAAAUUGUCUUCUGUAAAUUUAGCCUUCAUUGCUUGCAAAGAUUAUCUCAGCUGCCAGAAACUUCUUGUUGAAGCAAAGAGAAAUCUUGGAGAGAUACUCUCGGCUUUCGAGUUUCUUGAUAACAAUUCCAUGGAUUUGGUACUGAACCACCUAGACGGUGUACGUAAUCCAGUUUCCUCUUCGGAGAACUUUUAUAUUCUGAUCGAGACAACAGGGAGUGAUGAAACUAAUGACAGGGAGAAGCUUGAAGCUUUCCUGUUGAAGUCACUGGAAAAAGGUUUAGUUUCUGAUGGUGUAAUCGCUCAAGACAUUAACCAGGCAUCCUCAUUUUGGCGCAUACGAGAGGGUAUAACAGAGGCGUUACAGAAAGCAGGAGCUGUUUACAAGUAUGACUUAUCCUUACCGGUUGAAGAAAUUUACAAUAUUGUUAACGAUCUUCGAGGGAGAUUAGGUGACUUAGCAAAUGUUAUGGGAUAUGGUCACCUUGGAGACGGAAAUCUACAUUUAAACAUCUCAGCCGCGGAAUAUAACGAUAAGCUUUUAGGUUUGAUAGAGCCUUAUGUCUAUGAGUGGACAUCAAAGCACCGUGGAAGCAUCAGUGCGGAACAUGGAUUAGGUGUAAUGAAAGCUAAUGAAAUCUUCUACAGCAAAUCACCCGAAACUGUUGCAUUAAUGGCUUCCAUUAAAAAGUUGCUGGACCCAAAGGGAAUUCUCAACCCUUACAAAGUUCUUCCUCACUCUCUCUUCUCCAACUAAGGUAAAAGAUUAUUAUGCUUUAUGAUUACGCACCGAAAUUAUUGAAAGCAUCUAUCUUUCUAUCUAUGAAUGCUCUUCCAACGUCAAAAGUGAAGAAUCAUCAUCUUUUACUUUGGAAUCAUUGACAUUCUUUUUUCGGCGAAUGCAAGGGUGGUGAUGAGAUGAUUCUUCAAACAGGAAUUUGGAACAUGAGCAGCCAAGUUUGAGCGAUAUGAUUGAUGCAAAGGAACAAAAAUACAAGUGCUGAUUAAAAAGUCUUUAAACUCAAAAGUGUAUAUGCUUCGCUUCUUCUUCUUUGUUGUUGUUGUUGUUGUUACCUUGUUUUAAUAUCUUUUUAGUAAAGGAUAAGAAAGAAUCUAAACCUAUUGAUCUUACGUGUAUUUAAAGUUAAAAUUUGCAGUGUAUGUAGACCAAAACUCGAAAAGAUAAUCUAUAAUAAUAGUAUUUUCAAGAAUCUUCA